AUGCAGAUGAUGAGCCAGAUGGCUGAACAGUUGCAAAACCCACCGCGAUUCGAGGGCGUUCGAUCCAAGUUUCGCGCUUGGCUGAGCGAGAUGAAGAACAAGCUUCGCGUAGACGGAAGGGACUCGCGCGCUGGACAAAUUGCGAUCCUUGAGGCAAAGAGACAAGGAAAGCUUUGCGACACUGCUCCUCGCUUCGAGAAAGAACUCGCUGAUUCCGGCGGCGCCACCUGGCCGGAAGAAGUCAAAAUCAGCUACCUGGAGGGCGCCCUGAGUCCGGACUUGCGACUGGCAACUGUCUACGCGGCGCCCACUCGCUCCACGUACUCGGAAUGGGUCCGAUCUCUUCAAAGGCUGUCCUCAGGUCUAGAAGGUGUAGAGAAAGGAACGCCCUUCGAAGCGGUGGUGCAACCCAUGAUAGUCGAGGCCGCGACGCAGACGGAGAUACCAAAAUGGCAGAUGUCAACCGUACAGGUCACGAGCCGAAGAAACGUCGCAACGCAGAUGUGGCGCCCAAGAACGAGCGCCGCUGUUACCGAUGCGGCCGGAAGGGUCAUCUCGUCGCGGAAUGCCCAGCUCAUUUGGUCUUUCCUGGCGAAGCGAAGAAAAAACGGUCAGGAGCCGCCCGGAGGCAAUCCUAUACGCGUCCUAGUCGAUAGUGGAUGUGACUGCUAUGCCGUGAUUGACGAAGCGGUCGUCCGGAAGUUUCGGAUCCUCUCGUUGAUUCGAAGCCUCGAGAGAUCGGGGAUUCUCGAGUCCUCAGAAAGUGUCACGUCGCCGGGAGUUGUGGCUGUCGUUGUGGAGACCGCCGGUUUCGACGAACGCAUCUUUGCGUACGUCGUCCCAAGCCUCGGCCAGGAUAUGUUCCUUGGCCGGCCUUGGAUGGAGAGGAACCAGGUCGUGUACGACGCUGCUAAGCGGCAAGUGUUCCACGGAAGAGCAGGCGUGACGAUACGCCUCAUGGGGCAGGAAGAGCCCGCCAAACUUGGCAGACAUAGAAAAGCGCUUCAACCGAAGCCGCCAGUUGAUCCGAGCAAGAUGGUUCCAGCGGAAGUGUUGAAAGAGUUCCGCAACCUGUUUUCACCAGAGGAGGCCAUGAAGCUGCCGCCACACCGGCCAGGUGUGGACCACGAGGUAAACUUGCAGCCUGACAAGAAUGGCAACGAGCCGCCCCUGCCAUGGGGACCGCUCUACAACAUGUCACGCGAAGAGUUCUCGGCGGCCGCAGCGCCGGUGCUGUUCCGCGACCGAUACCCGCUGCCACUCAUCGCCGAGACGUUGCAGAACUUGGCCAAGGCCAAGUGGUUUACCAAGUUGGACGUCGUGGCCGCCUUCCACAAAAUCCGCAUGGCCCCCGGGCACGAAUGGAAGACGGCAUUCCGCACGAGGUUCGGGCUCUACGAGUGGCUCGUGUGCCCCUUCGGCCUAAGUGGCGCCCCGGCAUCGUUCCAACGAUACAUGAACAGUGUGUUGCGCGAGUGGCUGGAUGAUUUCGUCACGGCGUACCUAGACGAUGUAUUGAUUUACUCAAGUGGUUCAAAGGCCGAUCACGAGGCCAAGGUGCGAAAGGUUCUCCAAGCACUCGCUGACGCUGGCCUACAUCUAGACCCAGCGAAGUGCGAGUUUUCAGUACAAGAGGUCAAGUACCUUGGGUUCAUUGUCAAUGCAGGGAAGGGAAUCGCGUGCGACCCCGAGAAGCAGCACGCCAUCCGCGAAUGGGAAGCCCCUACCACGGUGAAGGGUGUCAGAAGCUUCCUGGGCUUCGCCAACUACUACAGGAUCUUCAUUCCCGACUACGCUAAGAUCACUCAGCCGUUAGACGCCCUGCUGAAGAAAGGAACUGCCUUUUGUUGGGGGCGGGCGGAGAACGAGGCGUUUCAUGAACUGAAGCGACGAUUUUGUGAGUCGCCCGUGCUCAAGCAGUGGGACCCGAGUCUGCAGACAUUCUUGGAGACGGACUGCUCAGGCUAUGCAUUGGGAGGCGUCCUGGCGCAAGAGGACCAAGAUGGACGUCGACACGCGUGCGCCUUCUUCUCGAAACGACUUUCACCAGCAGAGUACAACUAUCCAAUCCACGACAAGGAGAUGCUCGCCAUCAUGAGAUGCCUCGAUAAUUGGAGUGCCGAGCUCAGAAGCUGCGGCUCAUUCACAAUCCUCACCGAUCACCGCAACCUGGAGUAUUUCAUGACACGCCAGAAGCUCACGGAACGGCAGAGCCGUUGGGCAGCCGAAUUGUCCCAGUUCGACUUCAAGCUCGAGUAUCGACCGGGAAGUGAGGCCGUCGUGCCCGAUGCGUUGUCCCGCCGUGAACAAGACAAGCCACAGGGCAUCGACGACGAGCGAGAACAGGGAAGGAUGAUACAGCUGAUACCGGAUGAUGCGAUCCCGGCGACUACAAGAGCACGCAUCAAUGCGGCGAGUUCUAAUUUCUCAGAGCCGUUCGUUCUGCCGGAGAUGAAGAUCUUCGAGGAGGCGGACCUACAACAGCUCUGGGAUGAGACGGCCGAGAAGGACCCGAUUUUUAAGGAAGCGUACAGAGCUGUGCAGAAUUGUGAGCGUACCUUUCCGCCCGCCCUAGGGUUGAAAGUUCAAAUCUCGGAGUGCGCCAUCGAUGCCGUCGAAAAGGGAUUUCUCAAGCCUCUCCCGAUUCCAGAUCGACCCCGAAGCCAUUUGUCCAUGGACUUCAUCACAGAUCUGCCGCCUACUGGACCGAGCAAGGCAAGGUACCUGUGGGUGAUUGUAGACAGACUGACAAAGGCUGUGACCCUCGAAUGUCAUUACCGAUUUCACGGAAUGCCACGGUCCAUCGUCAGCGACCGCGGGAGCAACUGGCUAAAGAGAAUGAACCAGGAGAUCGAGGCCUACCUGAGAGCCUACGUGUCGUACGUGCAGGACGACUGGGAGAACUGCUCCUGCCGCGCAGCUGGCACUCAACAAUCGCGAAUCCGCAACGACCAAGAUCAGCCCCUUCUUCGCUGA